GUCUCAUAGACAGCGCAACAGAGUUAAUCUAAACUUUAGUUUCCAUUUCUUUAUCCCUAUAGACGUGAGAUUGCGCGCGUGUUUGGAGCAGGGCCGACCGCACGCAACUCUCACAGUCAAUCUAAAACUUAAGUUGACAUGACGCCGAACGUAGAGUUGUACCUUGAUAACGUUUACAGCUCGUAAUAACUGGUUUUCUAAAUGCAAUUCGUUCAUCUGAAAGCCAUCGAUACAAAUGUGUGAGUGACGGAGCGGUCCGUGCAUCCUCCACCCUGUUUGUCAGUGUCAAGGCGCCCCACAGCAACCAACUCACAAGGUACACAGGACACAUGGUGCAUUCUGGGAGGUGCUGACGUCUCAUUCCUCAUCCUAGAGUCUGGAGUUGUGCUGCUGUGCAGACUAGCUGUUCUCCCCCUGCCCAGUCUGUUCUGCUCUCCUAACAUGGAGGCCAGGGGAAAGUAUGAUUUCGACGCCACAGAGGAAGAUGAGCUGAGCUUCAGGAAGGGCGACGUUAUCAAGAUCCUAGGUGCUGAGGAUGACUGGCUAAAAGCUGAAAUGAACGGGCUCAAAGGCUUCGUGCCCAAGAACUAUGUUGAGAGACCAAUCCCAAGCUGGUUCCAGGAGGAUGCGACUCGCAGCACUGCAGAGGAAGUGCUGAUGUCCCACCAGGUGGGCAGCUUCCUGAUACGGGGGAGCCAAAACUCCCCUGGAGACUUUUCCAUCUCCGUCAGACAUGAGUUUGACGUGCAGCACUUCAAAGUGAUGAAGGACGGCAGGGGAGCCUACUUCCUGUGGACGGAGAAGUUCACUUCCCUCAACAAGAUGGUGAACUACUACAAGACCAACUCCAUCUCCAAGCAGUCGGAGAUCUUCCUGAACGACGGUAGUCAAGACGGCAGGAGCCUAGCGACCACCCAACAGAUGAAGAGAGGCAGCCUUCCUGAGCAGAGGAGUCAGGGACACCAGGCCAGCGGUCCGGUGCCGCGCCGCGCGUCAGAGCAGUCCCACAGCCAGACGAGUAAGAGAGUGCUGGAGGAGAGAGCUCACACCAUCGGUAGCGUUGGGAGAAGCAGCCCUGCCGCCUCGUUUCCGGUCCCCCGCAGGACCUCUGAGCCCACCCCCCUGCAUCAGGUGAAAGCGCUGUAUGACUUCAUAGCGGAGGAAGAGGACGAGCUGGGGUUCUCCGUCGGUGAUGUCAUAGAGGUUAUAGACCGUCCAGAUCCCUCGUGGUGGAGAGGCCGGCUGCGGGGCAAAAGCGGGCUGUUCCCCUCCAACUACAUCACCCCCAUGUGAGGAAGGACCCGGGACCGUACCUCAGGAACACACCUCGGCCCUGUCCUCAGUGGCAGGUCUGAUUAGCCACGUGGGCUGUGCUGGUGGGGCGACGGAGACAGCUGUUGCCACAGCAGGGGCAUUCGUAUCAAUAUUAUUUGCUGGAGGGUCGCACUGCACUCCCAUAAUAUCUUGUUUAGCGAUGGUGUGAUGAUUUUGUUUUGUUUUUUUAAGUGUUCCGUGUUCAGUUGGCCUUGGCAAGUAAACAUGUUUAAAGUAGACUGUAAGCCUCACUGAGAUUUGUAUUUAAAAAAACGGCACUCUUUUCCAGGUUUAACGCUCUGUGAAAAUAAAAUAAUGAGACCCAACACAAUCUUUCUUUUCUUGUGUAUAAACUUUCUAUUUUAGAAUGGCAAAUUACGAGACCCUCCCCAUGCCCCUCCCUCAGGUAAGACCCUCCCCCUCCCCAUGCCCCUCCCUCAGGUAAGCCCCUCCCCCUCCCUGGGCCCCUCCCUCAGGUAGACAGCUCUCCAUAGAAAACUGGAUCUGAAUGCUUCAGAGCUGAAAGGAAAUGUGUACUACAGUAAAACGGCUUUGACUGCAAGUAAUAUUGAGUGUGUGUGUGUGUGCAUGUCUGUGUGUGUGUGCCAUUCAGGUGAAAGCGCUGUAUGACUUCAUAGCGGAGGAAGAGGACGAGCUGGGGUUCUCCGUCGGUGAUGUCAUAGAGGUUAUAGACCAUCCAGAUCCCUCGUGGUGGAGAGGCCGGCUGCGGGGCAAAAGCGGGCUGUUCCCCUCCAACUACAUCACCCCCAUGUGAGGAAGGACCCGGGACCGUACCUCAGGAACACACCUCGGCCCUGUCCUCAGUGGCAGGUCUGAUUAGCCACGUGGGCUGUGCUGGUGGGGCGACGGAGACAGCUGUUGCCACAGCAGGGGCAUUCGUAUCAAUAUUAUUUGCUGGAGGGUCGCACUGCACUCCCAUAAUAUCUUGUUUAGCGAUGGUGUGAUGAUUUUGUUUUGUUUUUUUAAGUGUUCCGUGUUCAGUUGGCCUUGGCAAGUAAACAUGUUUAAAGUAGACUGUAAGCCUCACUGAGAUUUGUAUUUAAAAAAACGGCACUCUUUUCCAGGUUUAACGCUCUGUGAAAAUAAAAUAAUGAGACCCAACACAAUCUUUCUUUUCUUGUGUAUAAACUUUCUAUUUU